AAAACCCUAGAGAUGAACUAUAAAUCCUCCUCUCGUCUUAAAACCCCUUUUCCUCUUCGGAAACCCUAAAUUAGCCGAACUCCUGCUAAAACUGUCUUAGCCAAUUCCUACUGUAUCGAACCCUAAAUCAAAUCGAGAAUGAAGAUUGUUUGCGCCUACUUAUUGGCUGCUUUAGGAGGAAAAUCCAGCCCAACCGUUGAAGAUGUAAAGGAUAUCCUUUCAUCAGUUGGUAUUGAACCUGAUGAAGAUAGACUUCAGUUAUUCUUUGACCAGGUAUCUGGCAAAGAUCUUGAAGAAUUAAUUGCUUCCGGAAGAGAAAAACUCGCCUCAGUUCCUGCUGGAGGUGGUGGAGUUGCAGUAGCAGCCGCUCCUGCUGGUGGUGCAGGCGGUGCUGCAGCUGCUGAGCCUGCAAAGGAGGAGAAGAAGGUCGAAGAGAAAGAAGAAUCCGAUGAUGAUAUGGGUUUCAGUCUUUUCGAUUAAGUGGGAGGAUUCAAUAUUUUGCAGAUUAUUGUUCUUGUCUUCUAAAUGUAGUUCAAGUUUUGUAUUCCAUUCGGAUUUUUCCUAGAUUUUAUUUGAAGUAAUUAACCAUUUCUUUUAGAUAAUACUCUAUUUUUGAAUGGAAGUUGACGGACAAUAAGUUAUGUUGGGAUUAUGUGUUUAAGUGUAGUCACAAGUCAUCCAGUAUGAAGUACAAUAUUUUUUUCUCGGUUAGAGCAUA